AAGAUGGCGGCCUGCUUGUUUGCAGCAUGUUCGGUUCGAGUCGCCAAGAAAUGGUUGCAUGCGACGACUUUAUCAUUAUCCGGAAAUUCUCACAUUCACGAAGGAGAUACUGCUGAGGAAACUCGAUUAUUUACAAAAGAUGAUGUAGAAUUAUUUUCUAAACUAACUGGAGAUUUUAAUCCAAUUCAUUUAAAUGAUAGUUAUGCUCAAAAACAGAAGUUUGAUGGAAGAUUAGUUCACGGUGCUUUAAUUAAUGGAUUAAUUUCUUGUUUAUUGGGCACCAAAUUACCAGGUCCUGGCUGUGUUGUAGUUAAAGAAUUAUUAGAAUUUCCAGCUCCAUUGUAUGUAGAUGAAAAAGUGGUGGCAAAAGUUGUUAUAACCUCAGUCAGAAAAACAAUUGUAAAAUGUUCUUUCAAUUGUUGUACUGAAAAUGGAAAGGAAGUGUUAAAGGGAGAAGCAAAAUUAUUGUUGAAGUGAUUCAAUUCAACUUUAUACUUGUUUAAUAAACAUUUGAAAGCUGAAGAAACAAUAAAUAAAUGCGUAAAUCAUAAGAAUAUAAAUAAGUGAAUUAAGAUGUAAGAUUAUUUUAUUAUAUAAUUAUAAAAUUGUUAAUAUGUA